CUACUCUACUCCAAAAUCUCCAACCAAACCAAACCACCUGACGUCACUGGGGAAAAACAUUUAAUAGAAAAAAUCAAAUCAAGAAAUGGCUGGAGCUUGUCAAGUCGAGUUGACACAUCGUCCGUCGUUCGUUUAUUCAUUUUCCUCCUUAUUUGUGCGUUUAUUAAAAUAAAAGAUUGAAAAAUCAAUUAAAUAAAGUUCUCUGAAUUGUGAAUUAUAUAAUUUAUUAAAAAUUUCACGCUAAAAAUUAAUAAAUUUCAACAUAAAAUUGUGAAACAAAAAUUGCACAUAAGAAAAGAAACCUGGAUUUUUCGCCAUCCAUCGAACACGAACGAACAUGGAACAUCUCGAUCUCACUCACUCACCUCGCAUCGCAUAUAAAAUACAAUUUUUGUUUAUUUGAUUUUCGUUCAAAAGAAAAGUCCAACUAUAUAAAACAACCCCGUAAAGUGUAGUUUGUGAGAGUAAGAAAAAGAAACACAAAAUUAAAGAAGAAACAACAACAACAAAAAAGUAAAAGAAUAAUUAAACGAAGAAAAACAGAGUGCCCAGAAAAUUUUUCAUGUACCAUUUUUCUUGUGUUGUAAAUUUUCAUUUUCCUCCUGCAACCUGCUGACUCGAAAACAAAGUCGCAUCGCAUCGCGGACCAUUUUUCCAUAAAAUAAAAAAUUAAUAUUUUUCAAAAGAAAGAAGAAAAAUCAAAGAACGGGCUGCGCAAAAAAAAAAAUUAAAUAAAUUUUAUUAAAUUGUCGUGUGUGUUUCGUGUGUUUUUUGUUUUGUGAAAAAUUGAUAGAAAAAAUAGAAAAAAAAAGAAAAUCAAAGUGAAAAGUGAACUUAAAAUAAGUAAUCUGGAUUAAUACUCAAAGAGCAAAACCAAACGAUAAAAGACACGAGAGACGAAAAGCGAGAACGACUUGAGAAGGAGCUGAAGCUGAAAGUCUCAAAAGCCUCAAUGCUGAUACAACCUUCUUCUUUUGCCUAGAGAGACCGAAUGCGUUUCCAAUUAAGCUCAAUUUGAAGUACACAAUUCAAUUGAUUGCUCUAUAAAAAAAAAAAAAUCGUGCGUGUGAAUUCCACAAAAAUGAUGAUGCUUCUUCUGUUGCUCAAUUCCUCGAUGCAUAUUCUAAUUGGAAGAAACUCUUACGAUAUCGAUGUAUAACUGUUGUUCAAAAGUAUAAAUAUAAAAUAAAAUUAAAAUUAUUUUGUGUCGUAAAAAUAAAUGCAUAAAUUAUAAAUUAAAAUAUCUUGUCGCUGUGUCGUUGGCGUUGUCGUCGAUGCGUUGUGUCGUGUCGUCGUCGGUUUUUGAAAAACGAUUAAAAAGAGUUUCUAUUACCGUCCUCGUCCUUAGUCAUAGUCAAAGUUCGUCUCGAGCUGCCGCUUAGGGAGUAGCAAAAAAAACUUAUCGAUACCAACAACCACCCUUUUUUCCUAUUAACGACGACAGUAAUUCAGCAGCGUACACGAGCAAUUCUAAUAAAUACAACUUUAUUGCAUUUACAUGCAUUUAAAAAGUUUUUAUUUUAAUUUUAUUUCAAUACACGCGGGUGAGCAAUAUUGAGCUGUGUAUCAUCAGAACAACCAAAGCUAAAGCAACAGGAACAGCACAGGAGGAACGAUAUUUUUGGUUGGUCGACGACGCGGACGGUCAAUUUUAUUUAGUUGAAUAUUGCAAUAAAUUCAAAAAUUAAAACCAUAAAACUGCAUUAAUGUGGUCAGAAACAUAUAUCAAAGAUUUAAUAUGGAUAUGAUUUCAACGGAACGAUUAAUGCCAUCAUCAGGAGAAGACGACAGUGAUGUUGAUCUCGUAACGGAUUUCCUUAGUGCAAAUGGCAGUUCAGAUGCCGGAGCUUGUGGUGGUGGUCCGUGCAUGGUUGAAGGUGCUCUAAAUAACGGCAAACAAAAUAUAAAUAUAAACCUAAAUACAAAUAAUAGUAACAACAGAGAUGCUGUUGCUGGAUUGAGUGGUAGCAGCAGCGGCGGCGGCAAUUCCAAACAAAAUAAUAUCAUCCAAAAACUCAAUAAUAUCACACAAUACCAACCUCAGAGUCAGCCACCCUCCCAGCCACCACCUCCACCGCCACCUAAUCUUCAUACAGCACCAUCGCCCCCAUCAGUACCGCACCACAUCAUUCCGGCAAUCAAUACUCCACCGAUAACAAACAAUAUUAACAUGGUGCCAAUAAUCAGUGUCACCCCUCACAGCCCUGGCGCCAAGUACAAUAGCAUCCUAGAGGACACGUUGAUUCAGUUGCAGAAUAUCCGGGAGAGCGUUGUGCAAAUGAAGAACUCAACCGUUCACAUGCAGGGUUUACCAAAUAACUAUUCUUUAGUGAAUAGCGCUGUGCUGAGCUCAUCCCGAUUGUUUUCGUCGUGUCCCUCGCUGCCGGAUUUAACUGCGGCAACGGGAAAUUGUAAUACAUGGUCACCGCAACAGUAUUUAAUCAAUUCAGACCGUCGAAAGUCAUGGACAGCAAUUGAAGAUCUCACGGAAUGUACAAACAAAAGCUCACACAAAAGCAGUGUGAGUUUAUCAAGUUUAGACAGUGAAGAACAGGAAUCCAUACGUGUAGCUGAACGACAUCGUUCGAGUCGAAAUAGCACUGGUGGAAUUUCAACACAUUCCUUAAAUGAAGCUGAACUAGCGCGUGACUUUGAACGCAUUGCAGCAAAGCGUAAUUUAGCACCUGCUCUCAUCAGUCGUAUACCAUUGCAAAAGAGCAUUUCUACACCUUCAAUUGCUCCAUUGCGAAUACCGAGUGCCAAAGAAGAAAAUAAUAUAACAACAUCAAGACAUCUGUCUGAUAGUGAAGACGACAAUCAAGAUGAUCGCUCAUUAUUGUGUGUGCAUGAUAAAAUUGAAGUUUACGAUCAUCCAGAGAAAAGACGAAAACGAGGCUCCCUGUUCUUUCGUAAGAAAAAAGAUAAAACAAAAACCAAAGGACAAUCAACUAAUUGUGACGCAUGUGGCGUUGUCAUUAACCUUGCAACUGUAAAAGAUCAUCAAUUCGAAUGUAAAGGCAAGACUACUCAAAAACAAUCUUCUAAAUCGAAUUCUGGAAAAAAGGGUUCACUGAACAGCCAUACUUCACAUCAUGACGACGGCCGGGAUUAUUAUGAUGGACAUUCACAAAAUGAACAUUCAAAUUACUCAGACGAUACGCCUUUGAUUCGAGUUGAAUUUCUAAACGAACCGCCAAUUGGUCCACAUGAUCUGGGAGCAGACCCAGCUUUAGGUAUAGCACUCGACGAACAUGACUCAUGGAGUCCAAGUGUGCCAAAAGAAGUUGUUAAGUCCUUAAAAGAUAAACAAUUUUCUUCCAAAAAACAGCAGGUUAAAAGGCAGGAGCACAUAUAUGAAUUUAUUAUGACGGAAAAACAUCACUGCCAGACCCUUCUAGUCAUGCAGAAAGUUUUUGUUGAAAGUUUAGAAAGACAUUUUGCGGGAUUACAUAUUAAUCGUAUGUUUCCACGAUUAGCUGAAUUGACUGAAUUACACACGUGCUUUCUUAAAAAACUUCGACAAAAGCAAAGGGAAAAUUACAUAGUUGAUAGUAUUGCUGAUAUUCUAGUAGACUUCUUCUCAUCGACAAAUGCCCAACGCCUGAAAGUUGCUUAUGGGGAAUUCUGCUCAAAUCAUCGUUCUGCACUCGAUAAAUUUAAAUUUUGCAUGACAAGCGAUCAAACGUUUGCCGAAUGGUAUAAGCAUUGUCUGUCCAAUCCGCUGCUCAAGAAGAAAGGCAUUCCCGAGUGUAUUUUGUUUGUGACGCAGCGUUUAACUAAAUAUCCACUGCUAAUUGAUCCGUUGUUGAAGAGUUCAAGGGAGGAUCGAGUUGAACAGGAAAAGUUGCAGAGAGCUAUGAAUUUGGUCAAAAGUAUGCUUGUCGAUGUGGAUGCUUGUGUAGCGGAGAAAGAAAAACAAGAUCGCCAAUUAGAGAUCUUCAGACGCAUCGAUGUCAAAUCGUAUGCAAUGUACAAAAAUAAACAAUUUAGGAAAUCUGAAAUUUGUGUUGGGCCCCAAAGAAGAUUGAAAUUCGAAGGCUAUGCAAUGUUAAUGCAGGGGAGAUCUAAGAUGCAAGUUGUUUUGGUUGUAGUUCUAUCCGAUUGUUUGUUCUUUCUUCAAGAGAGCUCACACAAUAAGUAUACAUUCUUUACCCCAGAGAAUAAGGCUGGAGUUGUAUCUCUUCAAAAGCUUCUCAUUCGUGAAAAAGCUGGAACUGAAUCGCGUGGCAUUUAUAUUAUUUCUUCGAAUCCUGCCUUUCCAGAAAUGUAUGAGCUUAAAGUACAACAACCAAAGGAUAAAAAUGUUUGGAUUCAAGCUAUAAGAGCUGCUGUUCUCGAAUGUCCAUCGGAUGAUGUCGAAACUGAUGAUCUUACCGCUGAAGAAAAACAAAAACUUAUUGACGCCAAACAAGCAAAUAUGAGAGAGUUAAUAGCUAUGGGACAUAGCGAGCUAGAAGACAAAAUGCGUCAAAAAGACAUCGAACAAGCUCUCAUUCUGGAAGAAAAAAUCCUCCUUCAACUUAGUUUACUGAAAGAGAAAAGACCAGAAUCGACUAUUCCAAGUGCCGAGGCGUUCUUAUCGAAUUUUGGAACCUAUAGAGACUUAAUUAACGAUGACUGUGAUACCAUAGAAAUAUGGAAAAGAGUAUUAAAUACUGUUCAGGAGAUUUACCUGUUAGCCUCAACCCUUUAUACAGCAGCAACAGGUCUGUCCGUAUCCCGUUCCACUAGUUCUGUUGGUGAAAAACAAAGUGAAGCAUAUGCAUCACCGAUUUUACCUAAAAGAGCUGAAACAUUUGGUGGAUUCGAUGAGAAACGAAGCAAGAGCGCCUUCUCGUGCCGCGAUGUAAUCCUUUCGACGUUACCCAUGUCUCCUAUACCGUGUCGCGACAAUCAUCAUUUGAAAGAAUCAUCAUUGUCGAUAUCAGCAAGCAAUCACUCGGAAUAUGAUUCCAAUUUAAAUACCCUCUCUGUACAGCAGAGUGCAAUUCUGCGCAAUAAUACAGAAAAUAUCUGCCUCAAAGAUAAUAAUUAUGCUGCCCUACAGGUGUCACAUUAUCUACAAACACUACUCUGUAUAGUGUCCCAACAAAUGACUACCAUACAAAAUCUGCAAAUGCAGUUAGCCUCGUUUAAGGAAAACCCUAAGACUCAGUAUAAACAUAAUGAUCAGUUAGAAGAGUUACGUAAUCUUCAGGAUAAGCUGCAAGAGGAGAAAACUUCAUGGCUAAAGCAGAAGGAACAGCAAGAACGUGAUUUGGAUGAACAAAAAGCCGCCCAAGAGGCUCUGCAAAAGCAAAUAAAGGCUGAACAGGAGGAUAUCCGGCAGCAACGUGAACAGCUCUAUCGAAAAAUGGAACUGCUUUCGAGUCAAGGGUUGUUGUUAUCACCAAGUACUCCUCUUCCUAUAGCAACUAUAGCCCCCAGCACCACAGAUGAUAGCCACCUGCCACAAGGUAGUGGUGAUGAACAUCACUCAGUUGACGGCAGCACUGUGGAUCGACGAAAAGACAAAUGGCGAUCGGCUUCAACAGUACCGAAGACCCCGCCAGCGAAUCUAUUGAGCGCCACUAAUGCUCCCAAAGUCAACCCAGCCAGUGUCAAGCAACAGAUUCCCAUGAAACUCUCUUCCCUAUCUAGCACAAAAUCUGAAAAAUCACAACAAUCCACAAAUUCUAGCAAUAACAUCACUUCACCACCUAAUUCCAGUAAUAAUUCAAGUGGAGGUAUCACACAAAUGUUUCCACUUAAAUUAGCUGAUAAAAAGAACCAAAUGACACCAAAUCAUUCAAGAACCGGAAGCAGCCCAGCAAUAAUUCAACAACAACCACAACAAACUGGAAAUCCAGCAACACGAACGAAUACUUAUCCGAAACUGCCGGAACGAUACCGAUUACGUAACUCAGAUGUUGGCCUUUCGACCAGUGUAUUACCCACGUCCCUUGCAAAUUAUCACCAAACAUCAACAACUGGUCGCAAUGUGAGUGCCUACGCCUCCAUAAAUCCAUCAUCACCACCACCAAUUGUCUCACGUUCCUCACCAUCCAACACAAUGCUCACUCAAAAACUAAGUACAGCAUCAACGUGUUCCACCUCAUCGUCAGCCUCAACUGUAAGUAACAGUAGCAGCAAUAGUCGACAAACAUUAACCAAUUCUGGAGGAGCUAUUGAAAAGAAGAAAAUUCCCCCACAACAACGUAGCUCACCACCACCCGACGAAGAGGAAAUAUACUUUUGAUAUAUUCCAGUCGAAGUAGAGAUCUAAAAAAUAAAAAGAUCGAAAAUAUAUUGAAGAAAAACAAAAAAAAGGAAUAAAACAGGAAUUGACGAGUAUAAAAAAACAAAACAUGUAUUUUUAAGAAGCUGAAUAAGUUACUUAAGCUAAGCAUUAAUAUUUUCGAUAUAAGUAUGCAAACAAAAAAGGUAAUUUAGAAAGCUUUCCUUUUCACGACGAUUUAAUCUUCUUUUUUUUGUAAUACUUUUAAUAACACUUAAACACUAAAAACAACAACAUAAGACUUUAGAAAGCAACUUAAUAAUACUUUCAACUUUAUUUUUAGCAAUUUCAGCAAUCAAUGCAAUAAACACUUUUUUAUCAUUAGCGGACAAUUAUUUUGUAAAAAAUUUUAUCUAUGACUUCCUAAGCGUAUUUUGAGCUUAAAAAAAGUAAUAAAUUUUCAUAAAAUGCUGUGACUUUUCCCCACAAAAAAUUGUUGAAUUCUCAAGAAUUUAAAUGUUCUUAUUUAUUAUUUAGAAUAAAUUUAUAUAAUUAAAUUUUAAUUAAUGACGAACAAAUAUAACAUCCUUUCAAAAAUUUAAGCAAAUGAAACAUUGUAUUCCAAAGUAAUGAUGACACAAUCAGCUGGCAAUAUUUAGUAUUAAUGAGUUACUUGAAAUAACACCAACAAAAUGUUUAAGUUUCUUAUAAAUCUUAAUUGCAUAAUGGUUAUGGUCUUAAAUAAACAUUUCCCGCCUAAAUAUUCUCUACUGAGUGACUUACCUUUGCCAACAAAAAUUAAGAAAUAUAUUCUUUCAAAUUUCCUUAAAAGGAAACUGGGACUCUUUGGUACAAACAAACUUGGUACACUGCCAACAACUAGGAUGAGACCACACAUUUUAGAACCGAUUUUCGCUUUUUAUAGCUGGUGGAAGUGUUGAACCCGGAAACUUGUACUAGCUUUGAAUAAAUACGUAUUUCAUCAUUACAAAUUUAUAAAAUUAAAGGGUAACGAGCGUUGAAACUCCCUUAGAUGUAAAAAUAAACUACUCAGAAAGAGACUA